AUGAGCCUGACACUCCUGGUUAGGGACAAGGAAGCACUGAAACCACAGCUAAAUAACAUUCUUGGGGUAUAUGGAAGGCUUCCUCAGAAAAGAAACCAGAAGGUCAUACGUUUAGGAAUUCAAGAAGAGGCAAGUCAACUGCCGAGUCGUAUCCCAGAUGCUAUGCGUUUCAAGGGAUAUGACCAUCGUUUUUUGCAAGUCUCUUCCAAAGGAACAGUCAGAUUAGUAAGAAAAGUCUUUAACCAAUACGUCCUCCCGGUUGUAACUCAUGGGUCAGAAACAUGGACUACAACCAAAUUACUGGAGAGUAAACUAAGAAGUGCCCAGAGAGGGAUGGAAAGACCGAUGCUGGGCAUUAGCCUAAGAGAUCGAACGAGGGUGACGUGGAUCAGAGAACAGACGAAGGUGAAAGAUAUACUUGGGAGCAUCAAAGAGAAGAAAUGA